AUGGGGAAGGUGAAUGUGACUAAGUUGCGAUACAUGAGCCGGGAUGACUUCAGAGUCCUGACUGCGGUGGAAAUGGGCAUGAAGAACCAUGAAAUAGUUCCCUGCAGUUUGAUUGCUUCUAUUGCCAGCCUUAAACAUGGUGGAUGUAAUAAAGUUUUAAGAGAGUUGGCGAAGCAUAAACUCAUAGCUUGGGAGCGUACCAAAACUGUCCAGGGCUAUCGGUUGACGAAUGCAGGCUACGAUUACCUCGCUUUAAAAACACUUUGUUCUAGACAAGUAGUUGAGUCUGUUGGAAACCAAAUGGGUGUUGGCAAAGAAUCAGAUAUUUAUAUUGUUGCAAAUCAAGAAGGACAUCAAUUUGCAUUAAAGCUUCACAGAUUAGGAAGAACCUCCUUUCGAAAUCUGAAAAACAAGCGUGAUUACCAUAAACAUAGACACAACAUGUCUUGGCUUUAUUUAUCUCGUCUCUCUGCCAUGAAGGAAUUUGCUUAUAUGAAGGUAUUGCAUGAAAGAAAAUUUCCCGUUCCAAAGCCAGUUGAUUAUAAUCGGCACGCAGUGGUCAUGGAACUCAUAAAUGGCUAUCCUUUAUGUCAGAUACACCAAGUUGAAGAUCCUGCAUCAGUAUAUAACGAAGCAAUGGAAUUAAUUGUCAAACUUGGAAAUCAUGGUCUGAUUCAUGGAGAUUUUAAUGAAUUUAAUCUCAUUUUGGAUAAAGAUGACCACAUCACCAUGAUUGAUUUUCCACAGAUGGUUUCAACUUCUCAUCCCAAUGCUGAAUGGUAUUUUGACAGAGAUGUUAAAUGCAUUAGAGAUUUCUUCAUCAAACGUUUCAACUAUGAAAGUGAGCUUUAUCCAACUUUUCAUGAUAUCAGUAGGGAGAACUCUCUUGAUGUCGAGGUCUCUGCCAGUGGCUACACAAAGGAAAUGCAGGCAGAUGAUGAACUGCUUCAUCCUUUAGGUCCAGAUGAUAAAAAUAUUGAAACAGAAGGAGGAUCUGAAUUCUCAUUUUCUGAUGAAGAGGAUUCAUUAAAAGUGAAGGUUUGUGAGCCAGAAAAUGAGAGUGAAGAAAAUACUGCAGGUGAGUCAGAUGGUGGCGGCUGCGGAUCACCUGGAAACCUCAGCCAUGUAAAGCCAGGCGGUCAGUCGGAGGAGAGUACGGGCGCACAUGGUUUCGAAAUGACUGAACUCAAUCAAGCUAUACAUGAAAUCAAAGGGCAGGUUGGUGAAAACAGUCCUGUGACUGAGUUUUCUGAAGACAGAAACAGAUGUGAAAAUGACACUAGACAAGAUAGUCCUGCUGAUCACGGUGGCAUCCUUGGCUCUGAGGAGUAUGAAGAUGAAUGCCCUCCUCUGAAAACCUUGUCAUCAUUGAACCAAGAAUUCAGGCUUUUCAGAGAUGAAGAAAAUAUAGGAGAUACUAAUCCAUGCAGAACAAGAACUCUGAGUGUCACUUCUGCAGGCAGUAUUGUAAGCUGCUCAACAAUUCCCCCGGAACUGGUAAAACAGAAAGUGAAACGUCAGUUGACAAAACAGCAAAAAGCAGCUGUCAGACGUCGAUUGCAGAAAGGAGAAGCAAAUCUGUUUACAAAGCAGCGAAGGGACAACAUGCAAAAUAUUAAAUCCAGCUUGGAAACAUCUAGCUUUUGGGGAGACUAA